AUGGGGUCCGAUGGAGGGAUUAGGUGUGCCCUGACCGCCAUCCGCGUUGCCAGCUACGGCAUGCUUGGAUAUUGCCUCUUCUACCUGGCCAUGUUCAUCGGCAAGUGGUACGAGGGCACCAUCCUCCCCGGCGACGAGCUCGAGCUGGUGUUGGACAGCGAGGACGCCGACCUCGACGGCUCGGCCGACCUCUACAUCAAGCACUCCGACACCUCCAAGUUCAUCUUUAUCGGUCUCCCGAUCAUCUUGACGGCUGCCCUAGGCGGGGUGUACGAAGCCUUGUGGAAGCGGCGGGAGAUCCGAUCCACCCAGGAACACCCGGACAGCGCUGCUGCGGGAGAGGAAGAGGACAGCAAGCCGGGCAUCUUGGCGUUCUUCCACAGCGUCGUGCACUACCAGUACCGACCCUUGGGCCAGUACUCCCCGUGGCUAACCGUGGGCGAGACCACCGUGCUUACCCUGUGGCUCCUCGCCAUGGGAUCCCAGUGCUGGCAAGGGGUGCUGAACCACGGCAACCACUUCCAUGAUAUCUACAUGGUGUGCCCUGACGAUCCGACCCAAUGGUGCAACCAGUUCUCUUUCGAGUCCGGAGGGCCUACACCGAACCAAUACAGGUUGAGAAUGAUUGGCAUCUUCAUGGGGCUGGUGUGCUCCUCCCACUUCGCGAUCAUCCUGGUUCCGGUAUCCCGCGACAGCAAGAUCUGGUCGGCCCUCGGGGUACCGUUCGAGCGGGCCGUGCUCUACCACGCCAUCGCUGGCCACCUCGCCUUCACCUCCCUCUUCUUCCACGCCCUCCUCCUCACGGCGCACUGGGUCCAGUACGAGGGCUGGAGCCACGCCGUCCACGAGUCCAUCCACUUCGACCCCAACACCCACGGAGGCGUGGACACUCCCAUGGGUUGGAUGGCUGGACUCUGCGCGAUCCCGAUGUGGGCUACCUCGGUGAACUGGGUCCGGCGAAAGUACUACAGCCUGUUCAAGCUCGCACACUGGCUCUUCAUCGGCGUCUUCGUGUUCAGCGUCAUGCACUGGGCUCCCAACGCGCUCUACUUCCUGGGCGGGUUGACGCUGUACAUCAUGCACGUGCUGUCGAGAUUGGAGUCGUGGAAGCGGUGGCGUUACUGGAACCGAUGGUUCAGCUCGGACGCCAGCAAGGCCAGCCCGACCAGCCUCGUCAGCGUGGCGACGAACGACAACUACACGCGGCUGGUGCUCCGCAACCCCAAGACCGGCGGCGUCGGGGACAGCGGCGACAGGUCCGCCCGUGGGGGAUCCUUCGUGUACAUCAGCGUCCCCGCCGCGCUCGGCACCGACGAGGCCCACGCCAUCACCGUUGCACUCCGCGGAGCCCCCCCUUCCUUCUCACACGCGGCGAAACUCUCGAGCGGCAGAAACAGCGCCGCCCAGGAGGACGAGAACGACGUCUUCACCGUGUACAUCAAGGACCUCGGGAAAUGGACGAAGACCCUGAAGGACACGGCAAGGGGCGCGGAGGCCGCGGGGGACGCUCGCUCGCUACUGGUGGACGUGGACGGCUUCUACACCCAGGUCCAGUCGUUCAGCUCCAUGAAGGUCGCGGGGGGGACGUCGCGCGUCAUGGUGGUUGCCGGGGGGUCGGGAAUGACUUCUCUCAUGGGAUUCAUCCAGGACUGGGCUGUCGCCGCAAGGGAAGGCGCCGACGUUCCGGAGGUAAACCUGGCCUGGUGCUGCCGGUACAUGUCGGAGAUGGAACUGGUCGGCGAGUGUCUCCCCUCCGUGCUCGCCAGCGCCGGCAGCAAGAAGGACACGCACUUCUCGAUGUCCCUCUACUGCAGCAGCAGCAAGGCUGACAGCAACGAAUCUCUCACCGUCACAUGGCCCCUGGACGCGAACGCCUACGCCCACACUAGCACCCAGGAUAACGUCAUCGGCACCGGCCACGUCGCCGCCAGCCUCAACCACAGCGUUCGCGUUAUCGUGGCGGGUCUCGCCGCGUUCGCGGGAUACAUCCUGGGCUACUGGGAGGUGGACCGACGGGACCUGAUGAACGUGUUCCACGAGGGGGCCAUCAUCUUCGUCCUCAUGGUGAUCUGCAUCAUCAGCUCCCUGAUCGUGUACGAUUGGCUCUUCUUCUUAGUCCGUAAGCACCUCCUCGGCAAGCGUGUGGACAGCGCCGAAGCAUCGCAGGCCAGCGGGCGCUCCGCCAGAGUCGGCGAGGAGUCCAAGAUGGACCUCGAGUCCUCCACCGUGGCCGGCGUCGGCAGCGUCACCUACGACGUCAACCCGGGCCGCGUGCCCACGCAGGCCCUCCUGAUCCGGGAGGCCGAGCUCGCCAAAAAGAGCAACACCUCGUCCGUCAGGGUCCUGACCAGCGGACCCAACUCGCUCGUGGACGGGGUGCUCGCCGAGUCCCGCGCGAUCGACUGGAAGCUCUUCGACACCGAGGCGUUCUCGUUCGAGUUCUAAUUUUGUUUUUCCCCGGCCUUUCUCCCUCCCGUGGUUUAUGUAUUCGGAAAGAUUGUCCCGUCUUUCUCACGUCAGAAGACGCCCAGCUCCUCCGGGUGCUGCGGCGACACUCUUCAAGUAACCUACGCCGGCCGCGCGAUCGAGUGUUUUUGUAUUUAUCGGUCUCGCUUUCUAUAAUUUCGUCGGGUCUUGCGUGACAAGAAGACGCGACCGACCCUCUUGGGGAGAAUCGUUGAGGGCGUGAAGACAAUUAUCGGGCAGGGGGCGGGGGCUGUUGCCUUUAUGAAGCGUGACGAACCAAGGUUUCAUUGAUUGGCAGUUGCAGAUGCCGCCACAAGUUUUUUGUCGUUGUAACAAGUCGUAAUUGUUGUAUAUUUCAUAGUCGUUGCACAGGACGAAGACAAGACGGAGU